CGCAAUAUGUAUAAAAAGUAACCAACCUGACCACUCUUGAUAUCAUCAAAUCUUACAUCAUUCUACAAUAUUCUCCUCUAACUCCCAUCCCACUCACACAAUCCUUUUGUCUUCGCUCCCUAGAAACCGAGAAUCUUGCAGUUAUACCUUGAACCUACAUCUCUUGUCUAAACAUGCAACUCGGAUCCCCUCCCCGAGGAGGCCUCGGCUUCCUCAUCUCUCUCCUCCUCCUCCUCUUCUCCCACGCCGCCGCCCUCGCAGUCCCCUCCUCUUCCUCCGGGGACCACUGCCUCGCAUCCCGCGGCCCCAAAGGCCCAACCACCAUCCCCGACAAAGCCACACUGCUCAAACUCAUUGAAUCCACGCACAACGACGACUUCUCCAAGUUUGCCGUCGCCAACGCCCCCGGCGCCAACACCGCCGUCUACUUCACGGGCCAGACGCAACCCAACAUCAAAAAGAUUGUCAACUGGGCGCCCACGCACGGCCUCACUGCCGUCCGCAAGAUCUGGAAGAACCCGUGCUUCCAUGAAAAGGGCCAGUACGACGCCUCCAUCGACAAGGCCACCUUCACCAAGUACCAGGAGGCCUUUUCGCGCUACUAUGCCCGCCAUACAAGUGGCACGGCGUACUUGGUGUUUCCGCACGAUCAGACCCCCGCCUCGGGCAUCUUUUAUAGAGUUGAGCUUCCGGAGCUGAUUGCCUCGGGCAAGGUCGACAAGAUUGUCUGGGUCGACCAGAAGAAGAUUGGUGAUCCCAAGUAUGAUCCUAAGACGGAGACAAAGGUGUACUGGAAGAAGGGAGAUCCUAAGCCUGCGGUGGGUGCGCCGCCUCGUCCGCCUACGCCUCCGCCUGUCGAUGCCUAG